GCAUAGUCUAGUAUCAGCCAGACCAGGACGCUGCUCGCCAUAUAUAUGGCGGCGAGUGAUGCAGCUCCGUUUCAUAUCCACCACCAACCGUCAGCGGAACGCCCUGCCCUGCGCGUAGCGUUCUGCCCACAUCAUGGCGAAGGACACCACCAAUGUCGACAUCGAGAGCGUGCAAGACAACCUCAUUGCGCCCAUUGACCUGCCAGCAGAAACUUCAAAUGAUCCGUCUGACCAGCGGCUGCAUGACCUUGGGUACAAGAGCGAGUUCCGGCGCGACAUGUCUCUUUUCGGUGUUCUCGGUAUAUCGUUUUGUGCUAUAGGCAUCUUGACAGGCAUGAGCAGCGCCUUCCAGACGGGUUUGUUCUCUGGUGGCCCUCUAGGUCUCUUCUGGGGAUGGAAUAUUUGCAGCUUGUUUAUGCUGCUGAUUGCUCUUUCUCUCGCGGAGAUAUGUAGUGCAUAUCCCACGAUGGGUGGAUUGUAUUUCUGGGUAUGCAAGAUGAAACCUGAUAUACCAAUGCUCGGCUUCUGCACGGGUUGGAUCUACAGCAUCGCUAUGGUGUUCACCGGGACGUCUGGCAAUCUGAGUGUUGCUCUAUACCUCGCCUCUUUGGCUGAGGUAGGCCAAGGCCGUACCCUCACACGAGUCGAGAUUGCUGCGAUCGCAUGGGGAGUGAACAUCGCAUCUGGCAUCAUCAAUACGGUGGGCACUCGCGCCAUUGGCGCGAUGAGCACAUUCAACCUCUGGUGGACCCUGGGCGGGACUUUCGUGCUUGUGAUCACACUGCUUGUGAAGGCCCCAGUAAAGAAUCCGGCAGAGUUCGUCUUUACAGAUUACGAGAAUUUCACAGGCUGGAGCAACAAGGGCUUUGUGGUACUCCUUGGCUUCCUACAGGCCGUCUACACCUUAGAAGGAUGUGAAACUGCUGCACAAGUCGCCGAAGAAGCCAAGCGCGCAGAGAUAUUGGCACCCAUCGCCGUAGUCGGCUCCAUCGUCGGCUCUUGGCUGAUAGGCCUCGCAUACAUGCUCGCACUGCUCUUCUCCGUCCAGAGCAUCGAGCGCAUCGAUGAGACCUCCUAUGCGAUGCCCAUCGCGCAGCUAUACUACGACGCAGCCGGCCCAAGGCUCACUCUCAUGUGUCUCACCGUCGUCGCGUUGGCACAGUUCAUGGCUGCUGUGACGGCAUUCACGGCGAGCUCGAGGCUGUUCUACGCACUGAGCAGAGACAAUGCAUUUCCUUUCAAGACGCGGUUCAUGAGCCUGAACAGGUGGCAGGCGCCGCACUGGGGCGUUUGGCUGUCCGUGUUGACAGGAUGCAUCAUCUCGUGCGCCUAUAUUGGGUCGACGAUUGCAUUCAAUGCCAUUCUGUCUUCAGCUGCUAUCGCUGUAAUGCUGAGCUAUCUGCAACCGAUACUGAUUCGUGUCUUCUGGCCAUCCUCGACUCCGCUUGAACGAGGACCGUUCGACUUGGGCCGUUACUCCUGGCCAAUCAACGUUGCAAGCUUCCUAUUCUCCGUGUUCAUCUGCGUGCUGUUCAUCCUGCCUACGGCUCAUCCGGUGAAUUCGCAGAACAUGAACUAUGCCAUCGUUGCCAUCGGUGGGGUUUGCGUCAUUGUCAUGAUUUGCUGGACGAGCUGGGGCCGCAAGCAUUUCUUCGGUCCCAUGCAGACCCGUUCGUUGAAUGUGUCUGGAGAUGAGACAAGUAUUAAGGAUGAAUAGAGCUGAUACGGCACCCGUUCUGGAGUCGUAUUGCUGAAUUGAUCGAGAUUCAACAUUCGUCGUCAUCUAUUGGCGAUCGUGUGCAUCGUCUGAGCACAUGUUUUGCAAGCGCUUAUGGUGCACGAGUCUCAGCAAGCCCCAACGUUCAAACGUUCACCUCGAAUGGCUCUCAGGUGGUUUGUGGCCCAUUUUUCUGCUCUCUUUGCAAAGUCACGUCGCGCCUCAAAGCGGCAUACCUUGACGAUCGAUACUUACCUUCUGUAAUUUCCUAGAGUCCUUGAAUAAGAUUUGUCAGAUGAUACCGUG